AUGACUGAAAGCAGCAUUGAGGCGUGUAAACAAAUAAUUGACGAUGAAAUUUUGUUGUUGAACGCUAUGUAUGGAUCUGAAGAACUCAGCAUUUCUGACUGCGCUUGCGCCUCAGAGGGUAACAGUGACGUACAGAUUAAUUUGCGUCUUAAAGUUCAAGAUCUAAGUCUUGAAGUUGCUCUUCAAUACUCAUAUUUAUAUCCGCUACAUGCUCGACCCUCGAUUUUGAUUCGGUCUAACGAGAUUAAUGCCACUAAACUGAACAAGCAGUUGCGUGUUUAUGUAGAGAAUUUGAGCCUUGGUGAACCGAUGACUUUUAGUAUAAUUCAGUGGAUCCAGGACAAUGCUUUAAGUUUUAUGGAAAGCUGUAAUACGGAAACUCCUAGCACAGUAACUGCGGAACCACAGGUUUGGGAGAGACUUUGGAUUUACUCUCAUCAUAUAUACAACGUAGUGAAACGGAAAAAUAUUGCUUCACAGGGGAAAUCGCUGGAGCUUAAUGGUUUUUUUGUUUCUGGAAAGCCAGGUAUUAUUAUUGUUGAAGGUUCGAGGGAAAAUUGUCAAAAGUUUUGGGAAAUAAUUGUGAAAUACGGUUGGAAAAAACUAGUUAUAAGGCACAGAGAACAGUCAGUUGAUAAAAAUUUUAUAAGAUUACCUAGUUUUAAAGAAAUCUGCUUGAGUUCUACAGAUGGAAGAACUAUCGAUUAUUCUGACCUCAAAAGGUUGCUGUGUAGCAUGGAUUUGGAGUACGGGUUUCAGACUUUGUUGAAUCUCUGA